CACAAGGAGCCAUGAUGGUGAGCAGGACUGUGUCAGGAUGCCUGUGGGAGGUGGCUGUGGUCCUCCUGUUGCUGCUGCAGAGCACACAGUCAGUCCACAUCAAGUACCAAGGCUUUCAGGUCCAGUUGGAAUCAGUGAAGAAGCUGAGCCACCUGGAGGGGCAGCAGGCCAGUCUCCACCAGCAGGCCCAGAGACCCCUGCCUUCUAUAUGCUACCACCCAGCCCUACCCUCAGACCUCCUCCCCGUCUGUGCCGCCCAGGAAGCUGACAGCAUCUUCAAGGCCUUGAAAACCAUCGCUUUUGAUGACUGUGAGCUGUGUGUGAAUGUCGCCUGUACUGGCUGCUGAGAUGACCCUGGGUGUCCCUCACCUGCCCUGCGUGCCUGCUCCUCAGACCCCGCACCUCAUCUCCUGCGCUGCCCUCCGUCCCAUCCAUGCACAGACAAAAGCUCCUGGCUACCAUGUUCAUCACCACCUUCCCAGGGUGGCUGGAUCUGGGGCAAGGUGAUGAGAAACAAAGGUGGAGGAGCCCCCAGACAGUCCUGCUCCAGA